AUGGCGACGGCACCUCCUCCGCCAGACGCCAUCGCUCGUCUCCCCGUCGACCACAACGGGCUCUCGUCCGCCUCGGGCCUGUUGAAGUUCCUCCAAAGAACCAACAAUCCAGACGGCUGCGAAGGGUCGGAUCGCCCUUCGGACAGUCCAUCCAGACUCGACGAAGCCCUGCCGAUCAGACCUUCGAGCUCCGCCAACCCAAACAAAGAGGAUACCUUCGACUUCUCUUGGCUCCACUUGACUCUGGGCGCCUACGCGCAGGCAACACAGGCCCCAGCAACAAGUCACUCUGUCGAUCGCGACCUCUUCACCCCCCACCCUCUCGACCUCUCCUUGGUCGACCGCCGGCCGCAGCCACCCUUCCCGCGUCUACCAGCACCCUCUGCCGGCCUCGAACAUGCCCUCGGUCCACAGCCUCCCUCCCCUCCCUCCUCCUCCUCCUCCUCAUCCUCCGCAUCUGUCUCCCCCGGAUACCCGCCGCCCAGCAACACCAGCCUCCUGUUGGCCGCCGCCCUCAGCCAACUAGUCAGUCUGCCUGGCAGACAGGCACUGAAGCAAUCGCUACAGACUGCCCCAGCAACCCAUGAUCCCGUCUCAACCGGAAAUCGCCAUGACAUCACCGAUCACGAACGCCUUGACAACAGGUGUCGUCACCGGCCAAACAGUCUCUCGGGCGGAUUUGCUCCAGACGCCAUCUCCUGUCCCACCCAGCCCACUUUUCACCCUUCUCCCAUCACAUCAUCCUACUCUACUCCAACUCCCGCUCUUCCACCUCCUCCUCCGCCCUCCCCUACCCACUCCUCCCUUCCUCUUCCCUUUACUCUACCGCCCAUGCCCUUAUUCCCUCCUCCUUCGCCUCCGCCUCCUUCGCUUCCUCCCGCCGACCUUGAUCCGGCUCGUCUUCUUCUCGCUCCCUCUCCCGCAUACUCCCAGCUUCCGUCUCUUUUCACUCAUCCCUCCUCUCGCCCAAGUCACUUCCACUCCUCCGAUGCUGACGAAUUGGCGUUUUCAGCCUCGGUUGGCCGCUUUAAAGGCCACCAGCCGUUGGCUCUCAACCUCUCCUCCUCCGUCUGGAGGGCAUCAGUUACGGCUGCCGCUGCUGCUGCUGCUGCUGCUGCCGCCGCGGCUGCCGGCACCGUCGGACACUCCUCUUCAAAAUGUCUACCCACUCAGCCGCAUUCUCGCCCAUUCGACUCACUGCCGACCGGCCAUUUUGGGGUGUGCUCAUCGCGGCCAGAAUCGGCACAAGUGGCCAACGGAAGGCAGCAAACGCCAGUGACGACCGUUGCUGAGCCGAUUGGCGUCCGAUUUGCACAUCGUUUCAACGCCUCAUUGGUAUGGCAACAUUUGAAUCCCACCCUUUAUGCCUCGACUGGCACCAACUUUUCAAGACCUCCGGCCUGUAGAGGCUGGUUGGGCCACCACCGAGGCCUACAGCCCUACUCGCGCUGUUCACACUCGCUGCCACACUUGCGAUCUCCGCCCCAUAGUCUUCAGGAGCAUCACCGGAUUCACGUCAUUCCCGACCUCUUUGCUCAGCCUCCCUCUUCCACGAUCCAGUCGGCCGAUUUGGUACGUUCACAGGCUUCUCAGGCACAACAAACUGUCACCGCCACCGCAGAGGAAACGGAUGCCAACGAAUCGUCAGCGCAACAAGCCCAUCUCCACCAUCAACAUCCCCAUCAUCACCACCACCACCACCACCACAACCACAACCACAACCACCAUCACCAGCAACACCAACAAGAUCCACAGCUACAGCUACAGUUACAGCAGCAACAGUAUCCGUGUUCCGUUUGCGGUAAAGUGUUUCCACGCGCGGCCAAUCUGAAUCGGCACCUGCGCACCCACACCGGCGAGCAACCGUACCAUUGCCCCUUUUGCGAGCGGUCGUUUAGCAUCUCUUCAAACAUGCAGCGCCAUGUGAGGAACAUUCACAGACGAACUACCAACCCCGAGUAG